AUGUCGCUCUCGAUACCCAGCGCCCCCAACGCGGGGCUGUUCAAGCAGGGUUACAACAACUACGAUGCCGAGGACGGCGCCGUCAUCCGCAACAUUGAUGCCUGCCGCACCAUCACCCAGACGGUGCAGACGUCGCUGGGCCCCUAUGGCCGCAACAAGAUCGUCAUCAACCACCUGCAGAAGAUGAUCCUCACCUCCGACGCCGCCACCAUACUACGUGAGCUGGAGGUCGUGCACCCGGCCGCCAAGCUGCUGGUCAUGGCCUCGCAGCAGCAAGAGGCUGAGAUGGGCGACGCCACCAACAUGGUCAUCGUGCUGGCUGGCGAGCUGCUGAAGAAGGCCGAACAGCUGAUCCGGAUGGGCCUGAAGACGAGCGAUAUCGUGCAGGGUUACGAGAAGGCGCAGAAGGAGGCAUUGAGCGUGCUCGAGCAGCUGGAGGUCGACAAGGUCCAGGACUUGAGGGACCAGACGCAGCUGAGCAAGGCCAUCCGUACCGUCGUCGCCGCCAAGCAGAGCGGCUCCGAGGACGUCUUGGCCGACAUGGUCGCUGAGGCCGUGCUGGCAGUCCUGCCCAAGAACCCCGCCAACUUCAAUGUCGACAACAUCCGCGUGGUCAAGAUCAUGGGUGGUAGCUUGGAGCAGAGCAAGGUCGUCAAGGGUAUGGUCUUUGGCCGUGAGCCUGACGGAAGCGUCAAGAAGGCCACCAAGGCCAAGGUCGCCAUCUUCACUUCCGCCAUCGACAUCUCCCAGACCGAGACCAAGGGCACCGUCCUGCUGCACAACGCCAAGGAGAUGCUCGACUUCACCAAGGGCGAGGAGCAGCAGGUUGAGACCAUGAUCAAGGAGCUCCACGACUCCGGUGUGCGCGUCGUUGUUGCGGGCUCCACCGUCGGCGAGCUGGCCAUGCACUACCUCAACCGCUUCGGCAUCCUCGUCAUCAAGAUCCUUUCCAAGUUCGAGCUUCGCCGCCUGUGCCGCGUUGUUGGCGGUACUCCUCUGGCUCGCUUCGGUGCGCCCAUGCCCGAUGAGAUGGGUUCCGUCGAUGUCGUCGAGACCAUUGAGAUCGGUGGUGACCGUGUCACUGUGUUUCGCCAGGAGAACGAGCAGACCCGGACGGCUACUCUGGUGCUCCGUGGAGCCACCCAGAACCACCUCGACGAUGUUGAACGUGCCGUCGAUGAUGGUGUCAAUGUCGUCAAGGCCAUUACUCGCGACGCACGUCUCGUUCCUGGCGCCGGUGCUGCUGAGAUGCAGCUUAUCGAGCGCAUCACGGCCAUUGGUGAGAAGACGCCUGGUCUUUCACAAUACGCCAUCAAGAAGUACGCCGAGGCCUUUGAGGUUAUUCCUCGUACUCUGGCCGAAAGUGCCGGCCUGGAUGCCACCGAGGUGUUGUCGCGCCUGUACACUGCACACGCCGCUUCCAAGGCUGCCGACGACUCGAAGCCCUACUGGACCGCAGGUGUCGACAUCGAGAACGAGGACAAGACGGGCGUCCUCGAUGCCGUCGACGAGGGCAUCCUCGACCUGAUGGUCAGCAAGAGCUGGGCCAUCAAGUUGGCAACAGAGGCCGCGCGUACUGUCCUGGCCGUUGACCAGAUCAUUGUCGCUCGCCAGGCGGGUGGCCCGAAGCCGCCGGGCCCCAACCCCAACUGGGAUGAGGAUUAG